CGUCGCUUAAUGACGUCAAAUAUGCGACGAAAGCGAUUUUUUUCCUCCUAUUUUUUUUCGUAGGUAGGCUCGAAAAUUUUGUGCGCUGAUGCCGCCGAAACCAAAAAGCGGAAAGGGGGGAAAAGGUGGGGCAUCUGGAGGGGAAGCAGCUGAUAAGAAAGCGCAAGCACCCAAAGGUGGAACUGCUGUCAAGGUAAGACACAUCCUGUGUGAGAAGCAUGGAAAGGUUAUGGAAGCCAUGGAAAAGCUAAAAUCUGGAGUACGAUUCAGUGAAGUGGCUGCACAGUAUAGUGAAGACAAGGCCAGGCAAGGGGGAGACCUUGGUUGGAUGACAAGAGGCUCAAUGGUGGGACCGUUCCAAGAUGCAGCAUUUGCCCUGGCAGUCAGUACAAUGGACAAACCUAUUUACACUGACCCUCCUGUGAAGACCAAGUUUGGAUAUCAUAUUAUCAUGGUGGAAGGAAGAAAAUGAAAGUUUUAUAUUUAUUAAUAAAAAAGAGGAUUUGUUGAA